AUGCUUCUUCACGGAUCAUUCUACCGUAAACUGAUCAUCCUGCUCAAAGCUGAAAAAGAGUACGGUCAACGUCUAAAAGUGCUUCCAAGCGGUGAAAUCGUUGUUCAAUGCACCCCAACGAUGGGUCGCAAAACCAGCAAGACGUGCGAGAAGAUGUAUCGCGUCAGAUGUCAUUCGAUUCAUUGA